UUCCUCACUUCUUUGAAACUAAUUAAUUUUCCCAUUAUAAAUAGUCACCACCAACCAAAUUAAUUUCUCUAUUACAAAUUUCAAUUUUUUUUCUGCACCAAACAAACCAAUUAUGUUCUUCCACAGUCAGCAACAGAAAUUCAUUGUGGAGAUCACAGUCAUAUCAGCUGAAGGCCUCAAGAACACAUCUUCUUCUCUCUUCUCGCACCGUCUACGGCCUUUCGUGUCCAUCUCCACCGUCCCACCAACACCAGCUUCAUGCCACGGAGGUGAUCACGGCAAGGUGUACCAAACAAGGAUAGAUGAUUCAGGUGGCGUAAACCCCUCAUGGGGUGAUAGCUUUCGUGUACCGGUGGAGGCCACCUUCUUCGCCAAUAGGUAUUCUUGUAUAUAUCUGCAACUCUACACUAAACGACUCAUUUCCGGCAAGGCUCAACUGGGUUGGUGCCAGAUUCCAGUCUCCGAUAUUGGAUUCUCUCCGGCGGGCUCGCUUCGGCACCUUAGUUACCGACUACGGGACAACGACGGCUCAAGAGGCCACGGAAUUGUCAAUGUUUCCGUCAAGUUGGAAACUGCGGCUCCAUUCGCGGGGAAUGGAUUGCAGUUGGACACGUGCCAGACGGUAAUUGGUAUACCGGUGACGGCGGUGCCACGUCAAGGAAACUACGGGGUCAAAAGCCAGUUGUGAAGAUAUGCUGUUAAUUUUAACCAAUCAUAUCUAGCGGUACAACUAACUUCAAUGCUCUCAAGUGUACCAUAUCAUUUGCCUCCAAGAGGCUUCAUUAAAUUUAGUCAUGUUAUUGGGGUACCGAAGCUUUUUUUCAUUUCAUUCUUCAUCUUUAAUGGAGUUGGGGCUUGGGAGUUACUAUGGUUGUUCUUUUAUUAAACCACUCGGACAAAA